AUGUCGGGCUGGGGCUGGAACAAUCUUUUUGGGGGUAGUGCUGCUGCGAAGAAAGAUGCACCCAAAAAUGCUAUCCUGAGGUUACGCAGUACGCUUGAGAUGUUGUCGAAACGAGAGAAGCACCUACAAAACCAGAUGGAUGAGCAAGACGCGAUAGCGAGGAAGAACGUCAGCGCGAAUAAAGCCAGUGAGUUUCACACGACCAUCUCUGCAAGGACAACAUGUAUGCGGGAAGGAGGAGCUAACGCAUUUUGAUCUGCAGUUGCUAAAGCCGCGCUACGAAGGAAGAAGGCAUUUGAACAUCAGCUCGAACAGACAAGCGCUCAGAUGAUGACAGUCGAGCGGGAAAUCUCAUCUAUUGAGACAGCGAACAUCAACAAGGAGACGCUCGAUGCCAUGAAGGGCGCCCAACAGGCAAUGAAGAAGAUUCACGGAGAUCUCUCGAUCGAGAAGGUCGAUCAGACUAUGGAAGAUCUAAGAGAGCAGCACGCUAUUGGAGAGGAGAUUGCGGAUGCACUUACACAGGGCAACCAGAUGCAAGGAGUCGACGAGGAUGAGCUGGACGAAGAGCUGGCAGAACUGCAGCAAGAGGAGCUGGACAACAAGAUGAUCAAGACUGGCUCUGUACCUGUUCACGAUCAAAUACAUCAACUACCAAGCCAGCCAGUUGGACCGGGUAAGUUCUCCUUGACGUCUAUGUCGAAAUCUGAUAUGGCUGACUCGCUUGCAGUUAAAGGGAAACAGGUGCAGGAGGACGACGAAGAAGAGGAGCUACGCAAGCUCCAAGCCGAGAUGGCGAUGUGA